AUGGCUUUUGCCGAAAAUCAAUCACAAUUUAAUCGACGUUUACGAACGUGGCCUUUUCGAAGGCAUCGAACAGUUCUUAACGGAAAUACUGAUGGCAGAAUCGAUCGCCAAAUAAAUUAUGAUUCAGAACUUGAUUUAACACGACAUGAGUCAUUGCCAUCAAUCUUUAUGACAGAUUCAUCGAAAACUAUUGAAAUUAGUGAACAAAGUAUUUCUCAGGAUUCUCCUUUGACAUCAAUGGAUACAGGUAAUGUAAUAACAAGUUAUGAAAGAAAAUCUACUAAUACUGACAAACAUCUUGAAUGUCCCAUAUGUUAUAAUGAUAUUCAACCGGAUGAAUUCAAACAAAUGCCAUGUUGUUCAACUGAACUUUGUUCACUAUGUUUAUUAACACAUACAAUAACAAAUAUUAAUAAUGGAAUAGUGAAAAUUGAAUGUCCAACAUGUUCACAAGAAUUAAAUUCUUCAACAAUAUUAUAUAAUAGUGAAUUACCAAUAACAAUACGUGAACGUUAUCAACAAAUAUUAGCACAAGAUUUAUCUGAGAAACAAAAUACAUGUGUUAAAUUAUGUCCACAUUGUAAUUUUAUAACUAUAUUAGAUGAAAAUAAUCCAUUAGUACGUGGAAAAAAAAAUCCUCGUUCAUUAGUGCAAUGGAUACGUUGUGAACAAUGUGAUCAAGAAUGGUGUUGGUCAUGUUAUUCACCAUCACAUCCAGAUGAAACAUGUCGACAAUUUAAAAAAAUUCAUACUGAACUUGAUAUAUGGGCAAAAACACGUCGUACGGAUAAUAGAAAUCAACGUAAUGCACAGCGUUGUCCAAAAUGUUCAAUUUAUAUUGAAAAAAUCGAUGGUUGUGAUCAUAUGAUAUGUACAAAAUGUAAUUCAAAAUUUUGUUAUCGUUGUGGUUCUAGAAUGAGAUUACCAUUUUAUAUUGGACAUGAUGCUAAGUAUUCAAUAUUUGGUUGUAAAUAUAAACUUUUACCGAAACGUCCAUUAUUACGUUGGUUCGUACGUGGUUCAGUAUUUACUGGUGUACUUAUUCUAACACCAGUUGUACUUGCUGCACUUAUUGCUCUUCUUGCGAUUGGAAUUCCAACAAUUCUUAUUGUUGGUUGUUUAGCUUUACCUCUAUAUCCAUGCCUUAAAUGUAAAAAACAAUUAUAG